UCACGUGACGGCGGGCGCUCACGUGACGGCGGCCGCGAUGGCGGAGGAGGAGCGGGCGCUGUUGGGCCCCGCCGGCGGCGAUGGCGGCGGCUCUGCGGGGCCUCCCCGUGCCCUGCCCGCCGCCUGCGACCCGCGGCGCUUGCCGCACCGCCUCCUUGUCCUCGCCCUCAUGUGCUUCCUGGGCUUCGGCAGCUAUUUCUGCUACGACAACCCGGCCGCGCUCCAGACGCAGGUUCAGCGGGACAUGAAGGUGAACACGGCUCAGUUCAUGGCGCUCUAUGCCUGGUAUUCCUGGCCCAACGUGGUUCUUUGCUUCUUUGGAGGUUUUCUGAUAGACAGAGUUUUUGGAAUACGGUUGGGCACUAUAAUAUUUAGUGUCUUCGUUUGUGUUGGACAGGUAAUUUUUGCUUUGGGAGCACUAGUUAAUACUUUCUGGCUGAUGGACAUGGGCAGAUUCAUAUUUGGAAUAGGUGGAGAGUCCUUAGCAGUGGCACAAAACACAUAUGCAGUCAGCUGGUUUAAAGGCAAGGAGUUAAAUCUUGUGUUUGGAUUACAACUGAGCAUGGCCAGAAUUGGGAGCACAGUGAACAUGAACAUCAUGGGAUGGAUAUACUCUAGAGUUCAAGAUCUUCUGGGGUACACUGGUCCCAGUACUCUUGGGUUAACUCUCAUGAUAGGUGGCGUAACGUGUCUCUUUUCACUGACCUGUGCAUUAAUCCUUGCUUAUCUGGACAAGAGAGCAGAGAAGCUCCUUUCUAAAGAGCAAGGGAAAACGGGUGAAGUGAUUAAGUUAACCGAUGUGAAGGACUUCUCUUUGUCCCUGUGGCUUAUAUUUGUAAUCUGCGUCUGUUACUAUGCAGCGGUUUUUCCUUUCAUUGGACUUGGAAAGGUUUUCUUUAUUGAGAAAUUCAAAUUCUCAUCUGAAGAAGCAAGUGCAAUUAACAGUAUUGUGUAUAUCAUAUCGGCACCCAUGUCCCCAGUUUUUGGACUCCUGGUGGAUAAACUUGGAAAAAAUAUCAUCUGGGUUUUAUGUGCUGUAAUAACUACACUUGCUUCUCAUAUUAUGUUGGCUUUUACCUUCUGGAACCCCUGGAUAGCAAUGUGUUUGCUAGGACUGGCCUACUCAUUGCUUGCCUGUGCCUUGUGGCCCAUGGUGGCCUUCGUUGUUCCAGAACACCAGCUGGGAACCGCUUAUGGCUUUAUGCAGUCGAUCCAGAAUCUCGGUCUGGCAAUUAUUGCUAUAGCAGCUGGGAUGAUCCUGGAUACGAAAGGAUACUUGUUUCUUGAAGUCUUCUUCAGUGCUUGUGUUUGCUUGUCACUAAUAGCCGUAGUCAUGUUGUAUUUUGUGAAUCACCUCACGGGUGGUGAUCUCAACUGGUCUGCAAAGAAAAGGGAAAAACUUGAAAAAGUAGCUGCAACUGAAGCAGAAGAACAAGAGAGACUCAGACGUCAAAAUGAAGAUGACUUGGCUAAAUUACGGCCAAAAGCUGAUGACUUUAGUUUAAGGAAUAAAUACCUCUCCAAACUAGGCGCUCAGCUACCAGAUAACUACUCUUCCUGCUUCUCGACAAUGCUACACAGAAGUGUGUUGAAAUAGCAUGUUGUCCCACUUGCAAAUGCAGAAAUACACUGAUGUUCCUGGAACACAAAACUUUGUUUCCAGUACUGACAACUGCCGCAGCAAAAGCAGAGUGAUGCACCAUACUCUUCUGCAAGCGUAGAUCCUAUUUUUAAAAUACUUGGCUUAAGCUCCCCCUCUGCACCAUGGGUAAAUAACACAUAUACCGAUGAAGAGACCAGCUGGCUGUUUGUGGAACCCAUGAGCUAUGUCCUACACCCUCCUAUCUAAAAUACAUAGUGACUAGAUGGAGUCAAUAGCGAAGACUUGAUUUCUUCUCACUACACAACAAUGUCUGAAAUGCAAAAGCUUUGUUUCAGUAUUCAAAUUGCUGUGAAAUGAUGUAGGUGUGGGUUACAUAGCCUCUCAGGUUGGACAACGUUGUUACCGUGUUGGAAAUGGUCUGUCCUCACAUUUUUCUGUAAGGAAAAUCAAAAAGACUGCCUUUUCAUUUGGGUUCAAGCAAGUAUUUCAGAGGAAACCAAGCUAUACAAUUUCAGUGUUACAGUUCAAGAAAUGGAGCCCUGGAAUUUAAUACUAGAUCUCAUGCUUAGCAAGAAACCUCACAUAAGUCCUGAUUAAUGUGAAAAUUGAUGUAUUAAGAGGUUGUGACUAAAAACUAUAGAGUGUGUUAAAUGAAGAACUGAAGUUUGGCUUUCAGUGGGGGAAGCGUUUAAUUUCAUAAUGAAACUUAACGCUUUCCCAUAAUUUCAGUGGAAGGCUUGUUGCUGAAUAGCUACUUCUCAGUAGCUGCUGCAGAGUGCUUUUUUUUCUUUGUGGUUUUUUUUUUUUUGUGAAGUUUUGUUACAGGCAUAUGUAUUUUACUCACUUACGUAAUUGGUCAAACUAUUCCUAAACUAAGCUAAUCUUACUUUAAAAGGCAAGAGCAUGUGGCUUUCCAGAGCAUUAAGUACACCAAAUGAAGAGCUGCUAUACAGGUAGAGGGUAAGGUGCACAGGGGUGGGCGAGCUUUCCUUGGCUGAUUUCAGGGAGUCCUUGUGUGCCACAAAAUGCUUAAGAGCCUUUGAUGUAUUGUGUAAAUGCAGAGAAGGUAGUUUGUUAUAAUAAUAAAAAUUAUGUUAUACCUGUAACAUUUUUUUUGGCCUAUGUAAUACAAGCAGACCUUCUGGAACUUGUGGUCUUAAGGUUCAGGUGGUUUGGUGUUUUGUUUGUUUUUUUUUUUUUAAAAAGAUACAUUUCAGUGGAGUUUUCUUUCAAGUUUCUGAAAGACUAAGCCAGGACUAUCUUGGUUAAUAGUUCUGUAGUCUGAAAAGCAAUCCAGGAAAACAAAGUAGCAGGUUGUGAACUAUGCCAAGCUUACUGCUGAAGGGGAGUAGUACACUGACUCGUGAUAACUCUUAUUGGUGCUCUCUGUGCUUCCUUUGAGAUCCAAACACUAUCAGCUCUGAGGCCGUUUGAUGCAAGUUGGUUUAUUUUUCCUUGUAGACUUGUGAAUUCUGGAUCUUUUUUUAAUAAAAGCUUUAAAUGGUU